AUGGAGUUACUUGGCCUUCCUGAUGAUGUUCCGCGCCGUAGUGAAGAUACUCCCCGUGCUGAUACCAUUAUUGCUACAUCUGCCGUUGUUACCUCUGACGUCAAUGGCCCUGACCCUGCCGUCACCGACCCUGCCGUUAUCGACCUUGCUGCUUUGGAAUCUGUCCUUGAUGGUGUUAUUACCACCGUUACUGACGCCUCCAAAUUCUAA